GAUUUCGUCGGCUUGAACUAAGGACGGUGUGUCUACCUAUAUUCCCACCCUAUCCUUACCCUGCACCAGCGUCUCCCUAUCUUCCCACAAAAUAACACUAAUUCAUAGACGCAAACACAGAGACAAAGAGCGACGUCUCUUUCAAUGGUCACGGCAUCCGCAGCACAAAAUUCUGCCCCUUCAUCUUCCAAAUCCUGCGAGCUUCAACGAAAUUGUAAAGACUGUGAAAUAGGCAGGGGCCGCGCGAACGCAGGCCCCCACUACCACAAAUUAUGACGUAGGCUCGACCACUUGGGCCGACCUUAGGCGGACGCCCCUCCUCAGUGCAAUGGAGGUCGUCAACCUAGGCCAUGGACCUUCUGGAUCGCCCAUCGACCCCGUCCAGGCAAACAUGAAGACAGAUACAUUCCAGUACAGUUAUAUUUUUUUGGAAACUUGUCAAAAUAAACUUUGCCCAUUAUUCUGCCACGGGAGAGGUGGGCAUGUGCCUUGGCUGCCAAAGUUUGUCCCUAAGAUUGGCCUUGAAAUUGUUAUGAAUGGAUUUUUAAGCUUCUUAAAGGGAAAAUGCUACAGAACAUGGAAAUGAGCCUACACAAGCUGGAUCUUUUGUUUGAGUAUCUGUAUGAUUUGAGAGAGCAAGGCGAACAUGAAACAUCAAUGGUUUCUGGUUUUCGCUGUCACGGAUUAGUGCACUUAUUUGGCAGUAGAAUGGGCACGCCAGCAGAGACUGCCCUUUCCCAUGCAUUGCUUUCUCACUCCAAUCUCAACCAUCAAUGCAUGCAAACAUGCUAAUUUUAAGUGCUUCUGACAUAAUAAAUCAUGGGUCUUGACAUCACAGAUCUUCUUAUGGUUGUUAAAGAUAGGCUUUUCGAUCUAUUAGGUAUUGAAGUAACGACUUCAUCUGUUUUGACUUGGAUCCAAUCCCUACUUGGAGUGUACAACAGAUUAACUUGGAAAUUGCAUUUUUAAUCUGUAAACUUACUUGUUGGUAUGGAUGUGCUUGAAGAGGAGAAGAGUAGGGAUAUGUAUGAGACUUUGCAAGGAGGUUUAUGGGAAGCUUCUUGAUGAAUUAUGGUUAAGUAAAAGCAAAGAACUCAUUUUAGAUGGCAAUGAGAAAUUCUCAGCAGAAACUGGAGAAAAAUACAGCAUUGAUUUCCUGAGGUUUCGAUCAGAGAUAUACGAGAGUUUAGCUGUCUUAUGGCGAUUUGGUUCAUGGCAGACAAGUUGCAAUUUAUCUACUGCCCGACUUGCAGCUUGGAAUGCGUUAUCUAAUGCCAGUGUUCUUCAACUUUUGCCGCCUUUAGCAAAUUGUUUUGCCAACUAUGAAGGGUACCUUGAACCUGUUCAGGACAAAGGAAGGAUGUCGGAGACUUAUGUUAAGUCAUGGUUUUCCGGUGCUCUCAACAGAUCAGCUGCAGCUCAGAGAUCAGCGACUUUUAUGCUAGUUGUGUACCAUCCAUCUCACAUAUUUCUUGGGAUGACUCCACCUUGCGAGUGCUUCUAUUGUCCAGCCUCAAAGGAUGAUAGAAGAGGUAAAUCAGGGAGUUUGUAGUGGUCAAGAGUCAAACACAGACACACUGCGAACGUGAGGACGAAAAAUCUUUCAUGCCUGUCCUGGACCGCUAGACUCUACCCUUGGGGCCUAUCUCACGUAUUUUGUAGCAUCUUGAUAAUUCGGGAACAGUUAAUA